AUGUCACACCAAGAAGCACCGCCAGACAAACGCUCCAUUGACCUCGUCGUGCAUGAAGACUACGUUCAAGUCAUCGACCGCGACAUGCAUGCACAAGGCGACGGCAACAGCGACGACGUCAUCGCCGUUAUGAAGCACUUGGAGUCGGGGGGUGAUAGUGACGUUGAGGACAAUGUCGACAGCGUCCUCGAAGCCCACCGCCUCUCGGAACCAGUCGUGCUCUUGGAAGCUGUCUUGGGUCGUGGGACUUUUGGCGAAGUGAUGCUGGGCCAUUACAAAGACAACCUCGUCGCUGUUAAACGCCUUCGCCCGGAUCACAACAAUGUAAAAAACAUUCGAUCGCUCGUGCAAGAGAUCGCGCUCAUGACGCGAUUUCACAGUCCGUUUCUCGUGCACUUUGUCGGGGCGAUAUGGACGACCCCCGACAUGACGGACCUCAUGUGCGUCGUCGAGUACAUGGAACUGCGCGACCUGCAAACCCACUUGGCCAAGUCGAAGUCGGGGCUCAAGAAUGCAAUCCAUUUUUCGUGGCCGCAAAAGAUGGCGUGUGCGCGGCAGAUGGCGCUGGCGCUCGAGUAUUUGCAUGGUCAGCAGGUCAUUCACCGAGACUUGAAAUCGCCCAAUGUGUUUUUGAACCAAGCCAUGGACGCCAAGCUCGGCGACUUUGGUAUUGCGCGCCAAGUCGUGGAAAAGUCCAUGAGCAAUGCGGUCGGGACGUAUCGGUGGACCGCCCCGGAAGUGCUCCAAGGCAAGUACUAUACGGUCAAAGCGGACGUGUAUUCGUUUGGGAUGGUCUUAUCGGAACUGGAUACGCACGUCGUGCCGUACUUCGGCAUGGUGAACGCCAAGGGCCAGGAGCUUGGCAACUUUACCAUCAUGUUCCAGGUCAUGAACGGUGCCAUCAAGCCUGCGUUUUCAACAACUUGUCCGCCGUGGCUCCACGGCUUGGCCCUCCGAUGCAUCGAGUUCGACCCGGCGCUGCGACCCACGGCACAAGAGGUCGUGCAUGAGAUCCAAGCGCAGGAGAGGCUUCUCGCCGCAACGUGA